UACAACUUCAACUACACAUCUUAGUAAAUAUCUUAAUGCAAUCUAUCAAAUUUUUUCUUAUAAACAAUAUGAAAAAAAUUUGAAAGGACAAACAAUAAUAGAAUCAGAUAAAUCAGUUCAAACCAUACCUUCAAUGUUUGCAAAAACUUUAACUAUUGUGGAUAGAUACAAAUUUUAUCGAUUAUGUAAUGAAAUAGAUCCUUGUUUUCAAGUUCCUAGUUCAGCACUAAAUAGAACUACAAUUAGAGAAUCAUUAAUUUUUGCUGAAGAUCAAUUACAUAAUCUAAUAUCUAAAAUGAUAGAAAUAUUUUCUUUUACCACAGAUAUAUGGACAAGUUCACAAUAUCCAACUCUCAGCAAGAUGCUUCUUAUUAUCUCACUUUUAUCUUUACAUUUAUGUCAAAUAAAAAUAUCUCUUACUUCAUUCAGGAUCCUAAUUGUUCAUCAACAAGUUGAAAAUUCUAUGUCUGUUCAUUGGGAAUCACUUUUAAUAAAAGCAUAUAUUGCUUCUUAUUUAGAGUCACAGUUCAAAAAUUUAUCUUUUGUUAGCAAUGAAAAAAAAGAGACUGAAACUAGUUUUGAUACCCUAGCACAAACUGAAAUAGAUCAGUUUUAUGAUGGUAAAAUUCCUAAUUACCUAAUGGAUGAUGAAUAA